AUGAAAUUAUUCAUUCUCUUCCUUAUAUUCUCAUCUUAUAGCUCUAUGAAUAUUGAAGUGUUGGUUUCUAAAUUGGAAAUUUAAGAAAUCCUUAAAGCUUAUCUAAUGAAAAUUAGCAUAUAAAAUUUAUCAAUAUAAAUCAAUCAAGUAAUAAUAAUUAUUAUAGCAUCAGGAAAUGAGUUUGGUAUUUGGAAAUUUAUUGACAAAAAAUUUAGCAAUCUCUGAUUUAACUUUUAAUGAAGACUUAAUUAAAAUUGAUUUAAUAUAGGAUCCAAAAUCAAUGAAAGUUUUUAUCUGGUUAGAUUCUUUUGCUUUAAAAUUAGAUGUUGAUAUUGAUACAAAAGUAGGAUUACAUUAUUAGACCUAACUUAAUUUAGAAGUAUAAGGAUUAUAAUUAGAAGCAACUUUAUUACUACAAAAAAAUUAGAUAUCUUUAUAAAAUGAAAAAUUGGAUAACUUUUCAAUAAAAUCAAUGAGACUCAAAUAAGGGGCUGGCUAAAUUGAAAAAAUAAUCAAAGGAGCCUUAAAUUAGUUAAUAAAUCUAUUUAAAAACCUAAUGAAUCAAAAAUGUGCAAAUUAAAUAAUCUAAUUCUUUAAAUAAGAGAAAUGGAAAAAAUUAGUACCAUCUUACAUUUCUUAAAUAAAAGAAUUAGAAGUUAUGGAUUCUGAAAAUUUGUAAUUAAAAUUUUCUCUUGAUAAUUCAGAAAUAAUAUCUAAAAUUUCUUCUAUAAGGUCUAUAUAAGAUUUUGAUUGA